UGGAAUUGGGAUCUGGGUUAGGAAGAUGGUGGCUGAAAGUGUGUACUUUGCAACCAUUGGCUUACCUUAGGCUUCUGAAAAGAGACUAAUUUGGAGUCUCGCAAGAGGCACCUCUUCCUGCCCUUCUUGCAGACUGCAGAAAAGUGGUUAUUUCUAACUACAAGUGAGACCUUUGUGAUAAGUUCCGGCUCUCUCUUUGUAGGAGCCUCCAAUUACGUAGCUGCUCGGGAUCAGGCGCGUGUUUUCUCCGUUGAAGGGUCACCUCGUUUCGCUCCUCCUCCGAUGGCUCCUCUCCGGUUGCUUGGUCCAGCUCUGAGCUGGAGACUCGCGGCAAGGCCCAUUACCAGCAGGCAGCCACAGCGGGGUCACCGCCUGACGCCUUCAGAUGAUGAGCUCUACCAGAAGACGACAAUCCAGCAUUUGGAGAGGGAGUCCAAAGAUAAAAUGUUUAUAGAAGGUUUCACCAACCGAGGGUUCACCAUCAGUGGGAACAAAGUGGUAGGGCCUUGUGCUGUCCUGCCACGAGCCAUCCUGCAGUGGAAUGUUGGCACACAUAAGGACAUCACAGCCGAGAGCCUCAUACUCUUCCGUCUCCUGGAGCCCCGGAUAGAAAUCCUGGUUCUUGGGACAGGAAACAAAGUGGAGCGGCUGGAUCCAGCUAUCUUGAAGUUAAUGCGUCAAUGUGGGAUUGCUGUGGAAGUACAAGAUACGCCCAACGCCUGUGCAACUUUCAAUUUCUUGACAAGUGAGCAGCGUAUGACUGCUGCUGGCCUCAUCCCACCUCCUCAUACUGCAGAUGGCUGAAUCUGUGAGAGUAAGGCUGGAGGAUUCCCCUGCAGGGCAGAGAAAGGGACUCUGUUGCAAUGCCUGCCACGUUCUUCACUGUUGUGCCUGAUGGACUCUCCUGCUUGAAAGCAGCACGAGCCAAAGAAAUGACAGAACUGUGGUUGUCCAGAUAGCAAUCUUGGGUGAAGUGUUUAAUAUUAGCAUUUAAGCAUGGACUAGCCCAGAGUCGAGAAGAUCCAGAAUACAGUUGAAAUAGAA